GCUCCGCCCUGGGCGCGAGUUGGGGGCGGGGGGCGUUGGGGACGGGGACGACGUGGGCCCCGCUGAACUGUCGCGCUUGGACUCAGGCACGUGACUGGUUCCAGCAACAGCCCGCUCCCGUGACCGGGUCUGCCCGCAUUCCUGCCCUCUGGCUCCAGGUCUCUGGCUCCCCUGAACCGUGCCCGCGGGCCCGUCCGUCGGUAGGCAGCACUCACCCCAUCAGCCUGCUCGGGCCAGCGGGGAACGUCCGGGCCACCGGAGCUCGGCUGGGUCCACAACCGGCCUCAUCGCCCUCAGAGACGUGGCAGCCUCCCUGCCCCCAAGUCUUGCGGGGGUGGCAGCUUCACAUGGGCCGCGGGCACACCCCAUCCUCCUAGGCUGUCUGACCGGGUCCCACGCUGACCAGUCGCCCAGGGCCCAGGUGUCGUCUCUGGACGGAGGCUUGUCCUGCCAUCCACCCAAGCCUCCUGCCAUCCACCCAUUUUUAUCUUGGCAAGGCAUUCCAUACUCCUCCAUCUGUCGACUGCAGGAUGAAAGGGUGUUUGUGUGCCAGAGUAGUGUCCCCGGACACAUCACACCAUUUCCCCAUGAUGCCUUCAUCUGCCUAUGAAUGAGGGAUGAGGAAUCGGGGAGAAUCACCAUGCGCUUACAGCUCUCCAAAUGGAGAAACCAAGAGCUACUCCCAGGAAUGCUCCUUAGAAGAAAGACUUGCACAUCCCAAGGAGUAUAAGCCGUGUGGACAGAUGGUGUCACAGGCACCACUUGUCACAGUAGAGCUCCAGCGAGAUGGAGAACUACAAACUCCAUAUCCCACACUCUUUGCAGCUAGGGAUCCACGUGGGACCUGGGCUCCAUCAAGCAGGUACACCCUACAGACCUUGCAAGAAGGAAGAGAACUCCAUCAGGACUUCCAUAAUCGUACAAAUCUAACACGAAGUAAAACUGCGCCUCUCCGGGGAGAAACUACAACUUCCAGGGUUCCGCGGAUUGAAGGCUUGGGCUGUUCUUGGAGGCAAACUACAAUUCCCAGAAUUCCGUUAACCAAGGGGUGGUUCUGGCCUAGGGUCCGAGCAGCUGAGCUCGCGAGCCUGCGCACGUGCACUGGCUGCCGCGCCGGGCUCGCCAGCCAAGCAGGCGCAAGGCGGGCACCCGCGAGCCCCGGCGGCGGCGGCGGCGGCGGCGGGGUGGGUGCCGCGGGACCUGCCCUCCAUGCCUGGUCGUCCCGGGCUCGGGGCGGGGUCAGGAGGCGGCAGCGGCGGCUGAUUCAGCCAAAGCCGACUACGCGGAGGGCCCACCGGGACGCUUCAACGCCACGGAGCCUCGCCUGCGGGCUGCAGGCUUUUGCCGAUCGUCCGUGUGCCCGCAGAGAUGGGUCGAGCCCGCCAGGCCCGUGGCACUCCCCGGGGGCUGUCCUGUCACUAGGGCCCCGUGGUGGCAUUAGGAUGCACCUGUCGGCCGUGUUCAACGCCCUCCUGGUGUCCGUGCUGGCAGCGGUCCUGUGGAAGCACGUGCGGCUGCGUGAGCAUGCGGCCGCUCUGGAGGAGGAGCUGGCCCUCGGCCGCCAGGCCCCAGAGCCGGGCCCCGCGCUGAGGAUCGACUACCCCAGGGCGCUGCAGACCCUGAUGGAGGGCGGCACACACAUGGUGUGCACGGGCCGCACGCACACUGACCGCCUCUGCCGCUUCGAGUGGCUGUGUUACUCCAGCGAGGCCGAGGAGUUCAUCUUCUUCCACGGCAACGCGUCCGUCAUGCUGCCCAACCUGGGCUCCCGGCGCUUCCAGCCGGCCCUGCUCGACCUGUCCACCGUGGAGGACCACAACACCCAGUACUUCAACUUCGUGGAGCUGCCGGCCGCCGCCCUGCGCUUCAUGCCGAAGCCCGUGUUCGUGCCCGACGUGGCGCUCCUCGCCAACCGGUUCAACCCCGACAACCUCAUGCACGUCUUCCACGACGACCUGCUGCCUCUCUUCUACACCCUGAGGCAGUUCCCCGGCCUGGCCCACGAGGCCCGGCUCUUCUUCAUGGAGGGCUGGAGCGAGGGCGCACACUUUGAGCUCUACAAGCUCCUCAGCCCGAAGCAGCCACUCCUGCGGGCACAGCUCAAGACCCUGGGCCGGCUGCUGUGCUUCUCCCAUGCCUUCGUGGGUCUCUCCAAGGUCACCACGUGGUACCAGUAUGGCUUCGUCCAGCCCCAGGGCCCGAAGGCUAACGUCCUGGUCUCGGGCAACGAGAUCCGGCAGUUCGCACGGUUCAUGAUGGAAAAGCUGAACGUGAGCCGGGCAGGGGCUCCCCUGGGCGAAGACUACAUUCUGGUCUUCAGCCGUACCCAGAACAGACUCAUCCUGAACGAGGCAGAGCUGCUGCUGGCACUGGCCCAGGAGUUCCAGAUGAAGACAGUGACGGUGUCCCUGGAGGACCACGCCUUUGCAGAUGUCGUGCGGCUGGUCGGCAACGCCUCCAUGCUGGUCAGCAUGCACGGGGCCCAGCUGGUCACUGCCCUCUUCCUGCCCCGUGGGGCCACUGUAGUCGAGCUUUUCCCGUAUGCUGUCAAUCCCGACCACUAUACGCCCUAUAAGACGCUGGCCACGCUGCCUGGCAUGGACCUCCAGUACGUAGCCUGGCGGAACAUGAUGCCAGAGAACACAGUCACGCACCCUGAACGGCCCUGGGACCAGGGGGGCAUCGCUCACCUAGACCGGGCAGAGCAGGCCCGUAUCCUGCAGAGCCGCGAGGUCCCGCGGCAUCUCUGUUGCCGGAACCCUGAGUGGCUCUUCCGAAUCUACCAGGACACCAAGGUGGACAUCCCAUCCCUCAUCCAGACCAUACGGCGCGUGGUAAAGGGCCGGCCGGGGCCGCGGAAGCAGAAGUGGACUGUCGGCCUCUACCCAGGCAAGGUCCGGGAUGCACGGUGCCAGGCGUCGGUGCAGGGCGCCUCCGAGGCGCGCCUCACCGUGUCCUGGCAGAUCCCGUGGAACCUCAAGUACCUGAAGGUGAGGGAGGUGAAGUACGAGGUGUGGCUCCAGGAGCAGGGCGAGAACACCUAUGUGCCUUACAUCCUGGCCCUGCAGAACCACACCUUCACCGAGAACAUCAAGCCUUUCACUACCUACUUGGUGUGGGUCCGCUGCAUCUUCAACAAGAUCCUCCUGGGACCCUUUGCAGAUGUGCUGGUGUGCAACACGUAGCGAGCGUGCCGUGGCCAGGCCUGGGUGGGGGUGUGGCUCCUCCAGCUCAGUGGCCCUGGGCCCACUAGCCCCGUGUGGCGGCUUCUGGGAAUUGUUUAUUUAUUGAGCAGGCCUGCCCCAGGCUUGUGCCCCCAUGUCAUCUUACUGCAUCUGGAGUGUGGGGUCCACAGUCCUCUUUGCCCUGGUACGAUGGGACCCUCCCAGCCCCCUUCUCCCAUCCUGAGCAUCCAGACCGUGGAGAAGGUCCUUAGCGGGAGGAGGAGGAGGAGAAGGAAGAAGGAAAGUAAGAACCCUAAGGAGCCUCUGGCCGAGUAAUCGUGCCGUUCCCUACUGAAUCUUUCUGGUUGAUCUCCAGGUGUUUGGAAACUGUGAGUAGUAGAUCACGUGGUUGCUUGGGUGGGUGGUUCAUCAGCUUCCGUCAUCAUGAAACUCGCCUGUAGCACAGUGAAGGUGUGUGUGGAACAUUCAUUAAAUGAUUAUAAACA